UGAAAAACUACAAAGAUCAUUUAUUAUAUCGACGCAGCUACUCGGUGUCCGUAAAAAAAUGUGAGGGUAAAUCUUGCAUGGUGUGACUGAGAGCUCGUGUUUUUAAUUCAUGUCUUUAACGGGAAGUGAACAUGUCAGGGAAUGGGACACUCUCGGGGUCAUUAAUUGCAUUGUGAAUGAGAAUCUUCCCGCGGAACGGGGCUUUCCUCACCUGUGAAUGCAAAGCUACGGUGUAAUUCACUGCUAUUUAUAUUCACUCCGUUAUUUAUGCUGUAUAUAUGUAAAUAGACUUUUUUUGCACUACCUUUAAGAUUUCCUUGCACUGUAAAGGAGAAGCUCUGCAAUCUCGUUAUACAUUGUAUAAUGACAAUAAAGAAUAUUCUAUUCUAUUCUAAUGCCAGUGUUCCAGUUUAACUGGCGGUCAGGUUAACUGGUGGUAUUUGCCCACUCCAGCUGUUCCGUCCACCGAUUCGUCACGACCACACCUGGCUGUGGGUGUGAAGAUAAAGAUAACAGAUAAAGAAGACCUCGCCGAAAAACGUUGGCAUCACCACUUAAUAAAGUCCAUGUAAAUAUCAUCUACAGACAGUAAAAAGAAAUGUGCUGGCCGGAAUAAAAACAAACAAAAAUACGUAUUUUUCAGGUGCCGUGAGAGGAUUCGAAACCACGUAACCCAGCGGAAGUACAACAAUACAAGAUGGCAGGGCAGUAUUUUGUGAUCCAGAAAGCUUCCUCAACAAUGAUCUCUAACAUGAUUGAGCUGACCUUCAUCUUUCUGCUGUGGUUUGUUCCUGAACUUGCUCUGUGUUCCCCAGUAACAGCAGGUGUGAAUGGAACUGUGCAGAUGUUGUACUGUGAAGGGUGUGCUCCAAAUGUGACCAAAGUCUUUUGCAAUGAUGAGAACCUGCUUGGUCACAGCCACAUCCCCAAUUGUUCAGGCCCUCCACAACCCAACAGUGUCUGCCAGCAGGAUGGCUCGGUAUUUGUUUCCACCUCUACCAGUAGUGACUGCCAGUUUGAAGGGGAAAACUACAUUGAGACAAAACCAUGUCCAGACCUCAGCUGUUUUUUUCAUGAUCCCACAUCAUCAUCAAAAGUCGACCCGUUCGAUCCACAGGAGGCAACAGAGGACCAUACAAAACAUAUUGUGAUUGGAGUAGUUGGUUUAGUACUUCUGCUACUGCUAAUCUUAGGUCUGAUUGCAUAUUUUCGUAAAAAGAGACAGACCAGACGGCUGAAUCAGGAGCAACAAAGUGACCCUGGUGAGACUGAAGCCCUAAAAAUGGAACAAAGAUCUGGAGGCACUGAGAGAGCACCUAAAACUGAUCCUGGAUUGAAUGAUGACACCUCUCCUUCUCAGUGUGACAACAGAGUCUAAACCUGAGAAGUUGUUAGGGAAACAAUUCUUCCUGAAACACAUCCUGCCUUUUUCUCCAAAAAGUCCAUCGCCUGCUUUGAAAUGACCAAACUGGAAAAUAUCCUGCCAGUUGUGUUUUUGCAUGAACUCAGUCACUGUCUCAUGAAACGCACAGUAGGAGACAUGCUUUUUAAAAUUUAGUUUGGGGAAAAGUCACCAAAAUUUUUAAACGAUUUUAUAUAUUUAACAGUUGAUUCUGUACGUGCAGAUUUUAUGCACCAGUGACCUCUCACACUGCAGUUAUGGCUGUCUACCCAUACAUUUAGAUAGAUCUGUAAGAAGUGUCUCCCUUUAACCAAAUAGUUACCUGACAAUUCUCCAUGAGCGAUACAGAUUCUCCAUGGGGGAGUGUCCCACGUUACCAACCUUCAAAACUCACCUUAAACAGUGAACCAGAUGUAAAUUAGCAUUGUUGUUAUAAUCUGGUUAUAUUUACGUCUCUUACUGUCUAAAUAGACGUUCAUUAAUGUGCACUGUCCCUAUCAAAUAUAGAAAUAAAUAAAUUCUCAGCUGAGGGAAUAUGUUCUAUCUGAGAACUUGUUGAGCUGUACUUUACUAAUGUUACUUAAUAAAGACGUGUAGUAUCAUGUUGCCAUGGAACCUGACAUGUAUUCAGCUGGUCAUGCAGAAAUCGCAUAAAUAUGUUUUUAUGUCUAUUCCUGAUUUGCUUCCAAGAUCAUUUUAUACUGCUCUUGCUGUGUAUUCUUUUAUUGGUAUUUAUUGCAGAGAAUAUUCAAACAAUGACAUUAAUUUAAUCUUGAUUUGGAAAAAAAACUAGAAACAAGUGGCUGCACUGAUCUGUACAAUAAAUAUGAUAUAUGCACAAUUAACGGUUUUCUGCCAGGAUUCCUCUCAACAAUGACUUUGCUUAUAUUUGUGCAGCUUAAUUUCUCUUUUUACAUUUUUUCUUUCAUUUGUUCCAAUUGUAUUAUGCAAAAUAUACGUUAUUAUGAAACUGGUUGCCUUUUAUUACAUUGCUCCACCACAGUACUAUAUUAUAUUAUUAUAUUCAUUUGCAUUCCAAUUAUUUUACCUAACAGAUUAUCUUAAUGUAACAUGGCAUUGUAAAGUUUUUUUUAAACAAUUGUGGUAAAGUGUCUUCUCUGUCAUAACAUCUUGUUAUUUGACAAAUUAAAGGCUCUUUGCAGGUA